GGGGGCGCUGCGUGGACAGGAGCGCGCAGCGGAGACCGGGGGACCGUCGCCUUCUGUGCAGAGGUUUCCCCAGAGGAAUAGCGGUGCGUCGCCAGGCCGCAGCAGAGAUGCCUUACGUGUUCGUCAGCACGCAGAUCCGACUGGAGACCGGCCCAACAAACGUGGGCGAUGAAUAUUCUGACGCCGCUCUCAUGAUCUACCUGGGAGCGAGGAAAACGACCAUGCUGGGGAACAAUUUUUCCGAGUACCACGUGGACGACCCGCCCCGCCUGGUGCUGGACAAGCUGGAGAAGAUCGGCUUCCGCGUGCUGACGAUGACGGGGGUGGGGCAGACGCUGGUGUGGUGCCUCCACAAGGAGACGGAGUGACGGAGCGAGCGCGUCGACAGCGUCGAGACGUCCCGAGACGCCUUUAAAACAGGCGAAUGAGCCACGUUUGAAGAACUCCGUCGACCUUUGGCGGCGGCAGAAUAAACCCUUUGUCUCUAGAAUUGAGAUAAUCCCCAAUUUAACGUUUCAGAUUAGCUCCAAUUUCAGGGAACACCAACAUUCCACGGCUUUUUAUUGGGCCCUUCGCACAUAUUGUUUGCCAUUUGCCAGUGGUGACCGAGUGGCAUCGAUGAGUCGGAUUUCCAGUCAAACUCAAAGGCACGUCUGUAAAUUCAGUCCUGAUUAAACGAUCGAACGAUG